UUUGCAGAUAAAUUAUUAGUCAUAACUGUAGCAACAAAAGAAAGUGAUGGAUUCCAUCGAUUUAUGCAGUCAGCCAAAUACUUCAACUACACUGUGAAGGUCAUUGGUCAAGGGGAGGAGUGGAGAGGUGGUGAUGGAAUGAAUAGUAUUGGAGGGGGCCAAAAAAGUGAGAUUAAUGAAAGAAAUAUCAUGGAACAGUAUGCCAGUCAGAAGAAUCUGAUCAUCUUGUUUACUGACUGUUUUGAUGUCAUAUUUGCUGGUGGUCCAGAAGAAAUUCUCAAAAAGUUCCUAAAGUCAAACCAUAAAGUCGUCUUUGCAGCGGAUGGAAUUUUGUGGCCUGACAAGAAGCUGGCAGACAAGUAUCCCAUUGUGCACAUUGGAAAACGCUACCUGAACUCGGGAGGAUUUAUGGGCUACGCUCCAUACAUCAACCGAAUGGUUCAGCUGUGGAAUCUUCAGGAUAACGAUGACGAUCAACUCUUUUACACUAAAAUUUACAUUGAUCCAGUGAAAAGGGAAACUUUUAACAUCACAUUGGAUCACAAAUGCAAAAUUUUCCAGCCCUUAAAUGGAGCUAUAGAUGAAGUUGUUUUAAAAUUUGAAAAUGGCAAAACUAGAGUCAAGAACACAUUUUAUGAAACAUUGCCAGUGGCAAUUAAUGGAAAUGGACCCACCAAGAUUCUCCUGAAUUACUUCGGAAACUAUGUACCUAACUCCUGGACACAGGAUAAAGGCUGCACUCUUUGUGAGUUUGAUACAGUUGACUUGUCCACAGUAGAGGUCCAUCCAAAUGUAACCAUAGGCAUUUUUAUUGAGCAACCAACACCCUUCCUACCUCGAUUUCUGGACAUACUGUUGACACUGGAUUACCCAAAAGAAGCACUUAAACUCUUCAUUCACAACAAAGAAGUUUAUCACGAAAAGGACAUCAAGGUGUUUUUCGAUAAAGCCAAAUAUGAAAUCAGUACUAUAAAAAUAGUUGGACCAGAAGAGAAUCUAAGUCAGUCUGAAGCCAGGAACAUGGGAAUGGAUUUCUGUCGUCAAGAUGAAAAGUGUGAUUAUUACUUCAGUGUGGAUGCAGAUGUUGUUUUGACAAACCCAAGAACUUUAAAAAUUUUGAUUGAACAGAACAGGAAGAUCAUUGCUCCUCUCGUAACUCGGCAUGGCAAGCUGUGGUCCAACUUCUGGGGCGCACUGAGUCCUGAUGGGUACUAUGCUCGAUCUGAAGACUACGUGGACAUUGUCCAGGGCAAGAGAGUGUGAGUCUCUCCAGUCGAUCUUUUAAUGUGCAAUGCCACCAUCUA